UCUGUUCAUGUGUGCAAACUUUGUAUUUGCAUUGAUCUGCGGACUUGACCAAAUCUUAUCAACUGAUUUACGUCACAAUUCAUCAUUGUUUUAGACAUGAUGGACAAAGCAUUGGCUCAAUGCCUGCUCUUGAUCACCAUUACCUUCACAGCGUCAGCAGCUGCAGCAGGGGCAGCAGCUGAAGAUUCCGUGUUCGGGAGCCGUGACUUGAAAACUGUGCUGGAGCGCAUCGCUAUUAAUAAAGAGGUGAUGGCAGCAGUAUCAAAUGGCGCGCUUAUCACGCCGAAUGGCAAAUAUGGGAUGCUUAAGCUAUGGAUUGAUGGCUGCCAACGCGCGGGCGUCAAGAACUUCAUGGUGAUCGCCAUCGACGACGACGUGGCGAACGCCUGCGAGAACCUGGGCGUGGCGUACUGGCGCAAGACGCCGGAGAAGACGGCCGACAAGGAGGCGUCAAACCACGGCAUCAGCGCACAGAAGUUCCAGCUCAUUCGGGAGUUCCUGUCGCUGGGGUACUCGGUCCUGCUGUCCGACGUGGACAUCGUGACGCUGCAGAACCCAUUUGACCACCUGUACAGGGACGAGGACGUCGAAGCCCUUAGCGAUGGCUACGAUGAACAGACUGCAUAUGGUUGGGAUGACGUGCACGACGACCCGAAGAUGGGCUGGUCGCGCUGGGCCCACACCAUCCGUGUUUUUACACUUAACUCGGGCCUCUUCUACAUCAGGCCGAACGAGAGGACUAUUGGCCUCAUGGACCGCAUUACUGACCGCCUCAACAAGCGGAAGGAGUGGGAUCAGGCGGUGUUCAACAUGGAGAUUUGGUUCCCCAGCCACGACGAUUACAAGACCUCUCGCAUCGCGGUGCGCAUCAUGAACAUCGACAAGUUUAUGAACUCGAAACGCCUGUUUAAAACCAUCCGGUACGAUGCCCAGUACAGCAACCACGUACCCGUGAUGGUCCACGUCAACUACCACCCGGAUAAGUUUCAACGCAUGCAGUCGAUCUGGGCCCGGCGAAUAGCUGGUCUGCAGCAUUAUAAGCGUAAUGGUUGCAGGCAACGUGGCAAGUGA